AAGCAUGAGCUUGGCAACAGGCGACCGUGAGUGCCAGGACCCUGUGAUCUGAACCCUGUCUUCAGCUGACUUCCCAGCGGCCCAGGCCCUGUUGAUCCUCUACCAUGGAGGACUGCCUUCACACCUCCUCCGAAAACCUCUCCAAGCUGGUGAGCUGGGCCCACAGCCACGGGACCAUCUGCAGCCUCAUCCCCAACCUCAAGCACCUGCUUUCCGAGGGUGCCCACGGCAACCUGACGGCCAUGUGGGGCUGUAGCGCCGGCCAUGCCUACCACUGGCCCCUGGCCGCCACUUGCCGAGCCAGCUCCCAGGAGCGUGUCUGCUUCCAGGACAGCCGCAGCUUCAACUCGGACAGCCCCAGCAUGCUGGGGGUGCCCUCGGAGGCGCAGGCCAGCCCCCUGGAGCGCUACCCGGGCCGGCCGGGGAAGGCCAAGCUAGACUGUACUCGCACCCGUGACUCCUGCGACUUCUCCUACUGCAGCGAGCCGUCGGAGCUGGGCGAGCCCGUGGAGGAGUACGAGGACGAGGCCACCCUGUUCGACAUGGUCUGCGAGUCCUCCGUCACCGACGAGGACAGCGACUUCGAGCCGCACCCCCACCGGGCCCCCGCUGGCCCCCGCAAGCGGCCAGCCGCCGGCCUGCCCACUGCUGCCCAGGCCCAGCCUGCCGACGAGGGCGGCGGCGAGGUGCUCCUCAAGAAGAUCAAGCAGGAGCUCCCGGAGGACUACUACAUCGUGGCCAACGCCGAGCUGACGGCCGGUGCUGACGGGCCGGCCCUGGCCCUGACGCAGAUGUCCAAGCCCAAGCCGCAGGCCCAGGCCGGGCCCUCCUGCCUGGGCCCCUCCAGGGCCCUGCCCCAGCCGGCUGCGGGCCCUGACCCUGACCCCCAGCGCCUCUCUGCCUCACCCCCCGGACCACCCCGGCUGGCCACACAGAGGCCGCCCCGUGGCCCCCUGGCCUCCCCAGCACGAGGGGCAGGCGGUGGCCCUGUGACCGCCCUCCAAGUGCCAGCCACCAGCUCCAACGCCACCACUGCCGCCGCUGGGAAGCCCAUCAGCAUCCCCCUCUCAGCCCUGCAGCUGCCCGGUCAGGAGGAGCCGCCGGCUGCUGAGGAGAACCUCCCGCCUGCCCCACAGCUGGUCCCAGGGGGAGAGGUGGCCAGCUCGCCCUCGGUGAGCGCCGAGCCUGAGGUCAGCUCCAGCCAGCAGCAGCCCCAUGCCAUCCCCACCGCCACCCCCGAGGCGGCGGCACAGUCGAUGCCAGACCAGGAUGAGAGAGCAGCAGAGCUCAGCAGGGAACAGAACGAGAAGACCAUUCGCAGCACACAGACGGCUCUCCGCAAUUUCAGAGAGUUCCUCAUCUCCAAGUACCCCUCUGAAACCCGGGAGAUCUACGUCAUCCCCUGCAAAGAGCUUGAUGCCUACCUUGCCUCCUUCUUUGUGGACGCCAGACAAAAGGAUGGGUCUGAAUACGAGCCAAACAGUCUGGCCAACUAUCAGUGUGGGCUGGAGCGGUAUCUCAAAGAGCACAGGUAUGGGUACAGUAUUACGAGGGAUAAGGAGUUCAAGAGGUCCCAGGAAGCUCUGAAGCAAAAGCAGAUAGAGCUGAGGUGUAAAGGAAAAGGAAACAAGCCACACAAAUCCAUGAAGCUCACCUUUGCUGACGAGCUUAUCCUGCGCAAAAGAGGUUUGUUGAGCAGGUACAAUCCCGAAGGGCUGUUGAACCUCGUCUGGCUAAACAACACGAAGGCGUUUGGACACUGCACGGGUUUCCAUGGGUCCACCCUCAAGUGGGGAGACAUCCGGCUGCGGGUGACGGAGACUGGGUUGGAGUACCUGGAGUGGAUGGGGCCGGACAACGGAGAUGUCAACGCCAAGAGCAAGAGAGGUGGGACGGACUCCCGGGUGUAUGCCACCCAGCACUCCCCACAGACCUGCCCCGUGCAGGACUACAAGGAGUAUGCCCAGAGGCGGCCUCCGGCCAUGCGCUACGAGGAUGCGCCUUUUUACCUCUCCAUCAAACCCGUCGUCAACUUGGCCGCCCUUCACUGGUACAAUUGCCAAGCCCUGGGGAAAAACAAGCUGGCCAAGAUGGUAAAGACGAUGUGCGAGAAGGGCAACAUCCCCGGCCGGAAGACCAACUUCAGUGUCUACCAGAGCUGUAGCACCCUCUCGGAAGCGCAGAGCAACCAGCUGGUGCUGAUCUGCAAUAACUUGAGCCAGCAGGCUGCCCAGUCCAUGGCGAGCCACUCCAAUACUGGCAACUUCAUAGUGUCGGCAUCCUAUGACUCCUCCUCUGACACAGCUUGAAAGAGGGGUAUCACCUGAACACUUUUUUCCUUUCCUUUUUGUUUCAAGCGUUGAAUUUGUGCCCGAUAAUACACAUCAACUGUGAUUGUACACUAUUCCCCCAUAGCCCUCUCUCCAGUGUUAAUUCACUUUAUAAAAAUAUAUAAAUAUAUAAUAUAUUUUUCUUUUUACAAAUAAGUCAAUAGAAAUAGUUUAGUAUUACUAACAUAGUAUUUAUAGUGUUGGUACAAAAAUGAAAGGUACUAAUGGGUUAUAAUAUAAAUGCAGAUUUUAAAAGGACAAAAAUGGUUCUCAGGCAACACCAGGUAGACUGGAAAUACCAUUUUUAACAUGCACACAUCAGUGAGUGUAAAUCCCCAGGGAGUCUUACGUAGCAAUUCUAUUUUGAAGCAUUUUUUCAACUUCUUAUUUUAACAUGGCCUCCCAGAUUGGAGGAGACAAACUUAUCACUGGCUGCUGCUUCUUACCUGCUGGCUUAUUCUUGAUCAGCAAGACAAAGAAAUAAGAGAUACAUCAAUGUAAGUUCAUGAAACCAUUUACAACAAUUUUUGUCUGUUUUUCAUUUUGUUUCCUCAGACUCAUUUAUGCCAGAUGGGAGAAAAAUCCCGAAGUCAGCUAAAGGCUAUUUUUAACAUUUGUUUUUGUUGAUGAUUUUCUGUGAUCAAAAUGUUGCUGGUCUUUAGACUAAAAAGUAUUGUUUUCAACAAUAUGCAAAGUAUAAUGGCAAAACCACUGUCACACACAUAAUUUUAACUGUUUAAGCACGGGUUGUUAGUAUUUCGUCACUGUGUAUACUUAAUGUAAAAUCUACUGACUUAGAGCCACUCUUUCAGUAUUCUGGGGAAUGCAACAGUGCAGGAAAUUCCACAAUCUUAUCCCAAACUGUACAGAAAUAAAUACAUCGAAGAUGUCUUUGAGAUGUCUUAAAAUGCAUCAAAGAUGUCUUAAGCCAUCAUUUGAAAUCCACAAAAAAAUUAGCAUAGAGAGUGUAAUCAUAAUUUGAUAUUCACUACAGAAAAUGAAAAAGCUGGAUAUUUUUAAAUGCUGGAAAAAAAAUUUAAGUCAGCUACACAUAAUCUGUUUCCAUUGUAGACAAUGGAAAAUGUGCAUGUGAAUCUGAAGGCAGAAUUUGGUCCUUGAAGCCUUGACAUAGUGAGUGCUACUGUUCCAACAUUUGACUUCUCAACAUAAUUGUUCUUCUCUAAGUACGGAGAAAACAGUAAAAAAUUCAGUAUUUCAGUGAAUGAUUGUAAUUCUUGACCUUUAAAAUGAUCUACAGUACUUCCCAAGUAAUUCAGCUUAGUUUGUGUUCCACUAGGAUAUCCUAGGGCUGUGAUAAGGCUUUAGACAAAUCCACCAGGGUGAUCUAAGGCCCACUGGAGUCAAUGAGUCAACCUCAGCUGAUUUCCCAUGGGUGUUGGAUCAAACUGUUACUGAGGGGCUUUUUUUGUUUUGGGGAUUUUUUGUUGUUGUUGUGUUUCUUUAUGCUUGUUUGUCUUUAUUCCUUCACUUUCCUGCAUAUCCUUCAUAUUCUUUAGAUCUGCAACUGUGCAGUGACUUUAAUCAUUGCUGAUUCCAAAGAAAGGGUGAAACAAAGGUAGUAGACAGAAGUAAAAGUAACCCACCUGGUGCCAUUUAAAACCUGUUUUCUGUGUUCCUGGGUUGAAACAUUCCUGUGUGCGAGGGAGGUGGCAGAAUGCCUGCACUUCGCUCAAGCUUUAUGGAAAGUCUGUUUUGGGGAUGGGGUAGGUAGCAGAUGUGCUACUGGAAGGACUCAGAGCAGAGGUUUCUACCAUAAUAAACAUCUGUCCUCCCACGAAGCUUGCUGCAGGUGACACGGCCUGGCUCUGAUCUCUUUGUGCUCCACACGUAUCAAGGCUAGUGUAAAGUCCAGGGUUCCUGUGGGCUCUACCAGGGUCUUGCGUGCCCUGGCAACGUAACCACCAAAUCUACAGCCUCCGAGUUACUGGCUGCUGUCUCUCAGGGCUGUAGGGUAGGUAGGGGAUUCAUAACUGCUUUUGUGACUUGGUUUUGGGGCUUCAGACCAAAUCAUGACACUCCUGAAGUGAGUGCAAGCUGUGUCCAUGACUUCCAGCGCCAUGGCAAAUCUGACUUGUAGGUGAAGGAGAGGGAAGCACAAAGGGACUUGAAGUGCAGCCAGCAAGACGGCUGCCCACCUUCCAGAUGAGGCCAGCCCUCUGAUUGCUGUUAGCACAGCCUUGCCUUUUCAUGGCAGUGCUUUUAAUAUGAUAAAGUUAAAAAUAGUUUUGCAAGGCUGGUGCUGCUCUCUGUGGGAUUAAUUUGCUGUUUCCCACUGAGGACUCACGCAGCUGCUCGUAGUAUGUGCUGGAGUGCUGGGGGUGUCCCAUGCCAAGGAGCUCUCUGGUGGUGCCAGGUGAGAGCUCUACAUGGAGCCAACCCCUCAGAAGCUCUUUGAUCUCUUUUUCUCCCUGUUGGCACACAUCUUAGCACUUCCCAGUGGCAGCUAUUGCAGGAUCUGACCAGCUUCCCCACCUUGCCUUUCUUGUGCUGCAACAUAAGGCUGGGUAUCAGCUGGCCUUUGUGGGGCAGAAGAUCUCUGCUUCCCACCUCUCCUACCCUGUCCAACCUCCCUUCUUUGCAGGAAAGAGCUGCCUUGAGCUUGUUGGGGAAAGAAGCCACCCCAAGGUACAUCUUGUCUUGUGUGUCUCCUGAAGCCCCCCCAAAAGGCAGUAAACCAGACCUUAUAACCAAAUGGCUUCUCACGCUACUAUCAGGCUUGGAGUUUGGCAAUGGUUCACAUUGUCUGCGGGUGUGCCUUAGGCCUGUUGCUUUGGAGUGGGCUAUUUUGUGUGGUAAUUCCACAGUUCUUGUCUCCGAGGAGGCAGAUCACUGGCUGCGGAUGUGCCAUGCAUGCAAGGACAUCUUUGAAGUGCUGCUCCACAUCAGUGCUGUAAUUCAGCCCCAACACAGACCUUGGCUCCGUUGGGAGGAGCCAAAAAUGCUCAGAGUGACCCAGAAGAGAGAAUGCAGGCAGUCUAGGGUUCUGUGCUGGUAGGUCAUAAAAAGCAUUUCCCUUGACUUCUUGACUCUACGUACUCUGAGGUGUUGUUUACCACGGUAUUAGGGUGGUUUGUGCUGGGUGAGGCAACAUCUCUGGUACUCUUGGCUAAGCAGGGCACAUCAGCAGCUUUUGCUUGUCUGGUUGGGGGAAAAGCUGAGGAAUAUGUGUGCUUAUUGUGCUAGCCUCAAUAUUACAGGGCAGGGUUUGUUCUGCUUUGCAGCACCUCUAGUCACUCCAGCUUCCAGUUGGCGCUGAUGGCAGAUUGCCUGGCAAAUUCUGACAGGGCGGCCCCAAAUAGACUACUUGUUGAAGUGGUUAAGCACAUAUGGCCAGAAUAUGAUACCCAAGUAGUAUCAUACUCCAAAAAUAAAUUUAUUAGCGUUGAAGAGCAUUUAGCAUAACAUAUUACCCAGUCUUCAUUUGUGGACAGUUGUGAGGAACUGAGUGACCACAGUUUAAUGAACUAUCAUUUGUAUUAAGGCCCUGGAAGGUUUGUUAGCCCGGUGGGAGGGACACUUCUGAUUUAAACCACUCUUAUGUUUUUUUCUCAUGCUGGCAGGAGAGUAGAUGUGCCAGUUGCUGCGGCUCAGCUGACAGGUGACAACUCAGUUGCUUGUAAUUGUCUCCCAGUACUGUGACUGGGGGUGGCAGACCUGCUCCACCACCAAGUUGUAAGCUCACUGCGGUGGUGUUCAGCUUCCCUGGUGCCAAGACACAGCAAUGUGGCCAGGGGCUAGUGGUGCCAAGCCCUUACAAGCCUUCCUCUCUGCCUAAGCAAAACACUGGGGUCUCCUACCAUGACUUUUGAUAUGAGUGCCUCUUACCAUGAAAUCAACAGGGCAGCUGGUGAAGCAGUGUACUGCUCCUGUGCAGCACAGCUGGUGGUUGUGUGGGGUGGCUGACAGUGAGGCACUGCAGGUGGCUGGCUCUGCUCCUGCCUUCAUCGUGCCCCGAUGUAAAAGCCCCACAUGUGAUGUCCAUAAGAUGGGGGUAGCUGUCUCCAAAAGGGGACUCACUUUUCUCUUUCCGUUUUUGUUUUUUUUUUUUUUCCUGCCACUCACCUUUCUUUGAUCUGGUGUUAGACCUCUUCAGUGAGUCAUUUCAACUCACUAGCCCAGCAGAAAAUGCAGCACAAAAAGGGGGAGUCAGAUAAUUUUCUGCCAGAUCACCGGGUUGAAUCUGCUCACAAAUUGAGGUGCAAAGCCAGUGGAGGAGAUAGAAGAAGGAGCUCCCCUGCCAGUAUCACAGAGUCGUUAGCCUGGCUCAGCUACUGUAGCCUUGGAAGCCCAUCAAAAGGGCAGACUCAGACCCUUCUGAGUCAUUUGCAGGCAUUUUGGUUGCCUUCAGAACCAUCUACCAGCUUUGGGGAGAUUUGCUCAGUGCGACCAAGACCAAAAUUUGGCCUUGAGCUUUAUAAAGAGGCAGAGUGCCAAAGCAGAGGCCUGCACACAGUGCGAAGGAGUCGGCACCGAUGUGGGCGCAGGCUUUCCCACGUGGCCUUCUCAUGACACCAAACCAAGAGUCCGACAUGGGGAUCAUACAUGGAUGUCACUGGACCGAUCUGGAUACAUGCACUUGGAUCUGUUCACGUGAUUGCACAUUUAGCUGGGCAGAGCUGCGGGCACUUGGGCGGCUUAAGCUCUGUUUUAUUAGUCAUUCAUGCAUGUAUUUAUGAUAUUGUGGGUUUGCACAAUGUACAUGUAUUCAUGCAGGUGGUUGGAAAUGAAGUCUUUGAUAUCUGGGUGUUGCAAACUGCCUCUUUAAUUUUCAAAUAUGUAUUUAUGCAAUGAAAUGUAUUUAUAAGUGCAGGAGAAUGAAAUACUGUUGUGGACUACAUUGUAGACUAAAUUACGAGGGAUAUCUAAAAUAACAGCACAUGCCUUGUUCAUUUGCAUAGUGCAAUAAUUCUGUGGUAGCAGCAUCCAGGCUAUUGACAUACAGGACAAUCUAACAAUGGAGUCGGUGUCCCUGUUGCACGUUCUCCUUCGUGAAGAGUAUCGACGCUGUCAAGCUGUUCUGUGUUUUUGUUUUUAGAAGCUGCUGUGCGCUGGUGUUCAGUCUACAGCCUAGUUGCCCUCUUAGAAAGCUGUGUAGAGAAUGAGGUGCCAGCAACGUGUCCUAUGCUGUGUGUGCUUGUCUCAGAUGUUUGUGACCCCAUCCUGUUCUGCUGUUUGCGCAAGCGGUGUGGGGUGGGAAGGUGGGGAUCAGGAAGAGCAGGUGUUAACAGCCUUAAAGGAAGCUGAGAUUCCUGUUGCACUAGGUUUCCUCCCUGUCCACCUCGUAUUUACCCUUUCUUGUCACCCUGUCUGAGUACACCCCAUAAGUGCAUUGACUGACCUGGCUAGCACAUGUGGUGCACGGGCUCAUCAUUCCUCCUGACAAUAAGCUGCAAGUGACUGAUGGACUGACUGGUCUUCCCCAUCCCCGACACCCCUGCUUCUCUCACUGUCCCUGAUCCUCUAAUACUCCCCUCUCCCGGCGUCUGCACUGUGGGGCAAGGGGACCACUUUGUGCAGGGCGGCUCUUGGCGGAGGGCUCCCUCCCUGCCUAUCAAGUGACCUUGUGCUUUGGGGAUAACGCGCUCAGGGCAGACCGCCUCGCGUCGGGUACGUGGGGUUUGUGGGAUACUGGAGGCGAGCUCUCUGGAGGCUCGCAUCCCUCCUGCUGGAGGCACUCUCCCUCUCUCUUCUCCUCCGCUUUUUGCGAGACAGCUGUCACAUCAUGCAAUGAGUUGAAGUUCACUCCCGUGUAGAGGACCAGGCCCACACCCGUGUGCUGUUUGGCCUUCCACUGACAUCCUUAAAAUAGGAAUGAGAUAACUAGUCCUCAUCAGUACAUAUCUCUUGGGUUCACUCCAUCAUGGAAGUCAAUUCAUCUCAUGUGUUGUGGCCAACAGGGCAUCAGGACCCCCUCUGACUCCCUGAGCUCCCAGAGGCUUUGUGAAAGUGUGGGAAGGAGGAGAGCUUACAGGACACACAAAUGUGAUUUGAUUUACCUGAAAUGAGCCAAUUCAUGCCUCUGGGUUAGGGUAGAGAAGGACUUGGCUGUUCACUGUAAAACAUGGUGGGAAGUGGUCGGCACUUCUUAAUGAGGGUUGUUUGCUAAAUGUCAGUGUGAAGAGAUGACUGCUUUGCCUAAGGUGAGUUGCUGUCCUUGUUCUUAAGAGAGAGGAUGUAUUUUAUCUUCUCUCUGUGCUUUCAUGUGUGUGCUGAAUCUGCACUGUCAGUGCUGAGGAGAGAAGGCAGUCCAGCAUAAAGCAUGGCUAUAUCCCUAGCCAAAAAACUUGAAGUAUACUUUCUGGUGAUGGUCCCCACGUGCUGAGCGUGCCUUGGUGGUUGGGGACAGUACUGCUUCAGCUGGUGUCUCACAGCAUGUCUGUUGGCUCUGUGCAGAGCCACCACGGGUGCCACUGCACCGCUCUCCAGACACCGAGAGCCUGGGGAUAGCUUGUUGAGGACACCCCUAUCAGCCGGGUGCCUGCAAGCCAAGAAGGGGGAAGGCCCUAAGCACAAUUAAAUGAUGGUCUUUCCCCACGGACAGCGUAUGAUGGACACGUGAGGCUGUGCCCUGUCUCCUCAAGGGUUUUGGAAAGCUAAGGGCCACCAGGGACAUCACUGCUCCACCUCUUUCACAGCAACGUGACUUCAGCCAGCGAUGGAGUUGCCCUUCUGAGGACAAAUGGGGUUUCUCUGAGCCCCCAGCGAGUUGUGUGGUUGCACUGCUGCCAUUGUGCAAACCAGGUGCCAGCCCAUUCCUCCCCACCGCGCUGUCUCUGGCGGAGGCCUUGCGAAGCUCUGCUGAAGUUGUCCUCCAGCUCCUCAAUCCUUCCUGAGAGCAGCAGAGAGGAGUUUACGGCGGUGACAUGCUGGAAAGCUAAAAGCCCCACAGCUUAGAAAUGCCUGAGAGCUUGUUGAAAAGUUUGACACUAGCCAUUCACUGGAGCAUGUUCAAAGUAGUGGUGAUGCCUAAAGCUUCAAUUCCUAAUCUGAUGGGGGGAAGAAUUGGUUUGGCACACAAUUUGCUUGUUAUGUGAACUGAUGGUUUUUAACAUGGUCUCUAGAGUCUCUGUCUCAAGCGAGGAGUUUAUUUAUUUCCUCUGUUUUCUGACAGAAUUGGUUAACUUCAGUUGGAGAUGCACACAAAAUUCUAUUUGUUUUAAUACACAAAUGCCAUUAAAUGAGCUAUCUGUGCAUUGGAGAUGGAUUUACUGUUUCAAAGGGAUUCGGAUUUUUCUGCCUAAUCUUUUAUUCUUGUGCUUGGCAUUCAUUCACCACAGUCACUAGUAUAUGAAUAAAUAGUACCUUUUCAGAUUUGAUCUUUUGUAAUUACUAGAAGAUUGGUUCACAGUGUUUAGGAUACCUGUGAGGAAGGUGCUAUCAUUGAAAUUCACUGGGACAGACUUUCCAUGGGAAUGAGAAGAGGUGUUUAGCUUUUUCACAAUGCUCCAGGAAUCCGCCUUUGCUGGUUUUGGUUACUGUUGUUUUAUAUGGUCCAGAAGUGUCAAGAAAAUAAUGAAGCAGCCAAAUGAGAGGAAAAGAAUCAAGAAAAUGCAAGAUGUUUUGGUUACACUAGAAAACUAAACUCUUAAAAUUAAUUUUACAGCUAUUAUCUUUGCCACUUCAGCUGUUAUUUUUGUGAACAAAGACAACUCUCUCACAUUCCUCACGCCUAGAAUUUGAUCUGCUUUCCGAAAGCUGUAACCUUUCUGAGACUGUCCUCCUUACCAUUAUAGCACGUUCUCAGCUGGCCUAAAUCACGUGUAGCCUUAAGUAGUCCCUGGUCUGCCCCACAUUGCUCCUUCCCUUCUACUAUCACGCAUUUAAUAUGCUUACUGUGUGUCAAAUUCCAGCCUGGAAAACAAACCCGUGCAGGAGACGCAUUUCAGCCUGUGUAAUCUGUACAGUGGAUGCACAGUAUAGAUCCAGAAGGCAAGGCAGUAGCAACUGGCUUUGAACUGAUUUUGGUAACUUCUGUGUAGGAAGACAAAUCUUCUCCUCGUGUCUCUGAGGCUGAAGGUGCACUGAAUGAUGGAUGACCCCAGUGUGAGUCACUUUGUGGGAGGCCUUUGUUUUCCAUAUGGUGCUUUAACGGUUCAGAUCUCACCAGCUUUUCCUUCUGGCUUGUGAGACCAGGUGGGUCUGCAGAAGGCUGAGUGCGUGGAUGUGAAAGGCAGAAACAUCCAGAGCGUCCGGGGGCGUGCAGACAAAACAUGACAUGAAACAUCUUAACGGAGUCUGAAGGCUGCCAGGGGAAGAAAUGGUGAGAGCCUGAUUCUCCUCUGAUUUCUGGCAGUGCCUGCAAGCCAGGUGGUGCUGCUGCUGGAGAGGACUUGGUGCCAGUUGUGCAGAGCAGGGAGGGAGAUGCCUGUGCCGCCAGCUUCCACCCUGCUUCCACAGCACAUAGCUGUAAACCAUGACUAACCCCACUGGAAAGAAGGGGUCUGAAGCUGGAAAGGACAUCGCUUGGCCAUGGUUGCAUUGCCAGUGCUUGUUUUCGUCCGCGUGACCCAUCUGUCUCAGGGUCAUCUUGAGACCUAUCAGGGAAGACCAAAUUAUUUAAGAUGGGAAGAAAAAGAAAUGGCAAGAAUGCCUAAGUGUGAUGAAGAUAGAGGAAAGGCAGUGGGAAAGCCUGGCAAACACAAUGGAAGUUUUUGUCCUUUAUUUAUUUUUUUUUCCUAAAGAAGGCGAGCAUAAUCCUUAUCCUUUAAUAUCCUACUUUGUUUUACACUGGAAUUAGAAAAUCUUUUCCAUUUGUUUUAAUUAUCUGCUGGCUUUAGCUCUGCCUUUGAAAAGCAUUUUUGCUAUGACAACCCUUGGUCUCAUGGUGAGCAGUGCUAGGGAGAAACAGCUAAAGUAAGGCUUUUAUCUUCCCCUGCAUGCAAUGUUUAAUCUUUCUAAUCUUUUAAUGUGAAUGUGUUUUCUCCCAAUUUGUAAAUUGACAAGAUUAGCACCGUUUCUCCCAAAACAGCAUUUGAAAAACAUAUUUUGCUUAAAGGUAACCAAACUUUUACCUAACAAUGUGAAUUCUUCUAAGUGACCGAUGCAUUCUCAGAGUUAAACCUCUCUCUAAGGCUAACUUCCACUCACUGACUUUAAUGACAACUCAACUUUUUUAAGAACAGUUUGUAAAAAAAGUAGAUUUUGUUAACUCUUUUGUUUUGUUUUAUAAGAAAAAAGAUUCACUGUCUUGCCAAAUAAUAAUAUUAAUAAUAAUAAUAAUAAUAAUAAUAAUAAUAUUUCUAUGCAUUGUGUGAUUCAGUGAUGUUGCUGUUGAAAUUUUGCAUGUUUUCUAGAUGUUCUGACAUUUGUACAUUUAUGUGGUACUUGUAAAAAUGAUAACCAUUGCUGCUAUAAUCACCACUGUUGUUAGGUAACUGGAAACUGUAAUAUGAAGCUGUGCCAGUGAGCAGGUUUUUUUGUGUGUCAUGGUAGAACUCUGCAUUCUGCUGUUCAUUUUCUGUUUUAAGCCAGUAUUUAGUGCCUUCUGUAGAAGGAAUCAAUAUGUUGUGGUAGACAGGAGGUGCCAAACUUCUAAUAUCUUGUUCUGCACAGAUGAUCAUUUACCAGCUUGAAGCUUAAAAAAAAAAAAGUAAAAAGUGAAAAAAAAAUAAUAAUCUUGAACUCUCCAUCUUUCUUUAAAGUGUCUUCUCAUUAAUUCUCAUUUGGAAAAAAACCAAACCCUUUAAUAGAGCUGAAAAGAAGCCAUCUUCCCCAGCUACACCCACUGCAGCAGCAAGUCUGCCAACUGUGAAUGCGAGGGGUAGGAGGGAACGCGUAGUGCCCAAAUGUUCCUGUUGGUAAGGGACCCGGUGGUUAGCCAAGCCCCUUCCAGUCACUGGGGAGCGUGCUAAAAACCCAGUUUAAUGAAAGCAGCCCUCUGACUGCCGUAAGAAGCUGUUAGCUCUCAUAACAGUUGUGAGCCUGCUCUUGUAAACAAGUGUCAGCCCGGUCAAGUGGCGGAUUCCAGCCCCUCUUCCGCCUCCGCCGAAGCCACACGUUGCUGCCAAAUGAGACUUGGAUGAAAUUCAAGCCCAAGAUUUUUGGUCUCGAUCUUUCCAACUGCGCUUCGUGGCAGACAAGCCCUGUUUAUCAAAAUUCUGACAUCGCGUUUUCAGUUCCUUUUCCACCCUCUGCUUUGAAUCUGGCAGUACAGCAAAUAUGCACACACACAGAGGCAUUCGUCGUGCUUCUGAUAAGAUUUUGACAGGCUGAAAUCGUGCCAUGCUGUAAUCACACAACAGAAACAGGCAGGAGGGAAAUACGAGAUGUUCAUCUGUCUAGUGCAUUUCCCAGCCACCAGGCAUGGUCAACUGUACCUAGGCUGGUCUUUAAAAUAAUAUUUUGUAUGGAAAAAAGAAAAGACUAACUAUCAGUUUUCCAUCUUUACUGAGGUGAAAGCCAGGUCUUGAGAAGACUUUUCAAAUUGGAAUACCCAGUUGCCAGAAAAAGAAGUGUGAUUGGAAAAAUAGGUGUAUUGAAUUCAUCCUUAGAGGUGCUGGUCUAAAGCCAUCUCUGUUCCCCAGCAAGACAAUUUACAACCCUUGAGAUGUAAAAAUAACUUCCAAAAAAUAAGUUUAUGCCAAAAUUUUUAAUGUAGGUGCUCCUUUUUUUGUGAUACCCAGGACAUUUACAAAAAGCAGUGUUAAAGGAUGCAGCCCAGAACACAAUGAAAAUUAUCCCAUGCAAGCCAGUGCCCAAAACACUGAUGAAUCUGGAAACCUCACCUGCAGAGCUAAACCUUCCAGAAGUGACUAGGAUCUUUAGAAGACUUUUGAAGCCCCUCAGUUCCCAUCUCUUGGAGGCAAUAGGGCUCUCUUCAGAAAUGUUCGGCCUUUUUAUAGUCUUUUAAAAAUUAGUAGCUUCUUCAGGCUCCUCCUGCCAGAUCAGAAACCAGCUGAGACCAGUUAUAGUACUGUUUUGCGUGUCUAGUAGCCAUUUACACAUGGACACAUGCUUCCACUAGUAUGAGUGAAGGGUUUUGACUCUGCAAAGCUCCUGCCUGUGUGGCCCUAAUAUUAAAUAAGCAAGACAGUGAUACACAGUCUCAUUUCCUGCAAUUCUUCUACUUACAGCUAAAUCUGAGCCUCCACGGUCUCACCAAUUGCACUAAUUGUCUCACCAACUGGUCUUCCUAGCUUCUUCUGUAUCUUGGCCCAAAGUCCAAAAAAAAUGUGUCCUCCAGCACAGCAGAUACCACCUUUCAAUCACUGUGAAAACUUCAGUGUACACAUUGUCAGUCCUGUAAUUGCUUUUGUAAUUGCCUUUUGUCUGAAGUACAUUACACUGCGCAUUUUUAUUAUUAUUUUUAGAAAAAAACCAUAAAUCUGUAGCUCAGGCUGUGCUGCAGAGCCAGGAGAGAAUUAUCCAUCCAAGCCCCAGUGGAAUUCGGGGACUUACUUAGCUUUUUUUAGACCCCUUUCCAAACCUUAUCUGUAAUCAUCUAUUUAAGGCAGCUAUCUUAGCAUGAGCAGUGCUGCGUAUCUUCCACUCAAAUGCAGUUUUCCCUACACGGGGCACCUUCUUAACACAGAUUUCUUGCCCCUGCAAUCGGGAGAUUAUAGAUACAAUGGUUUAUUAGGGAGAAGGAAUAUUUUGAUGCAUUUUAAUGCAUUAAACUCUGCAAAUCUAUAAUAUCUGAGGGGAAGGUACAGAUUAGUGGAUCAUUUUCUUAUAACCUGAGCGAAACGGUGAACUACAGUCCGUUUUCAGAGCUACCAGUUCAACCCCAGUGUCCUCAAAUUACCUUCUUUCUGGAAUUACACAGUGACCUGAGAAAAACGAGUGAAAAGGCUUCAGUGCUGUAAAUGAGGAAAGAUUUCAUAACCUACUUCGAGCCCCAGAUCCCCAACUGGGUUUCCAGGGCUGGUAAAUUUUUUACUCGGCAGCUGGGUAAGUUUUGACCCUUGGGGAUACAAUAUUUCUGCCGCGUAUUUUUAAGAAGCAAACCUCAUACAGGGUAAGGUCCUUCCCAGGUGAAGACCAAUAUGGUCAACAAAGUUGUCUGUCGCUUGUGCCAGUUGAGAACUGUUUGUUUUUUUUUUUACUGUGGUUUUCUUUUUUUUUUUUUCCCUACUGUGAGACUCUCCACUCUAAUUGGGAUGGAGUAAACAAACGUGUGUUGUCCUGCUGUCUGCCACACUUCAGUCAGAUGUCUCCUUGAAUAAUGCUCUUUUAGUGUUUGAAUAAAAAAGUGCCCUCAAUAAGAAGAAAGUAAAACCGAGAGGUCUUUUUUUUUUUUUAAAUGGUGUCAGAGUUUCAUCCCUUGCUCAGUUGUCAGAUAAUUAGGCUUUUGAAAAGAAUGGAUUCAGUUGUCUACUAAUUGGAGUAUAACAUUCACUUUUACUGAUCUGCAAAUUCCAGAGAUGCUCUGAUCUUUUUUGCACUUCAGCUCCAUUUUUAUUCCCUUAUGAUAAUCUUUAAGAAGUCUGGUUCUGCUGCAUUGGAGAUUGAUUUCACUGUCCGUACAAUGUUAGCUACUAUUGUAGUGUGACUUUUUGUUUUUUAAAAUUUGUAUUGGUACAGCCUUAAACUUACAGAAUCAAAGACCAUUUGAAAAAUAAUCGAGAUAGUCAUUGAUGUCUGUGAUAAGUGCAUGCUUUAUUCACAGUGUUUUGUCUGUAAUUAGGUGUAGCAACCAAAUGUCCUGUAUUUAAUAAACUGUUU